AUGCAGGCGAAUGUGCGGUCUCGGUGGCUCAACGUUUUCAUAUUCACGCUAUGCAGCAGUGCUGGAAGCUCCCAGGACCCAAUCUUCAAGCGAGAUGCAAUACUAUCUAGGAUGAAGGCGCAUAUCGGCACGGGGAAAGCAUUCCACGCGCAGCGCUAUAAAUGCCUGCCAUUAACCCCAGAAAGGCUGGCAAGCAAUAUGCAGCGUUGCAGCGAGCACGUCGGCAGGGUGUAG